AUGUUUCCGCGCAAGAAUAUCGUAGCUGUCAAGGGAUUCUCCGACGCCAAGGCGGAUAAAGUCCUGGAGAGCGCGCUGAAAAUGCUACCAGAGAGUGAAUCAGGCGGCUUUAUUACCGCAGCCGAGGAUUGCGAGCGGCGAAAGGGCGUCUUGCACAUCACGUGUGGCGCUGCGGCUGUCGACGCAAUUCUGAACGGGGGAUUUGAGACGCGAGCCAUCACGGAGAUAUUCGGCGAAUGGCGGUGCGGAAAGACGCAAAUUUGUCACACUUUAGCCGUUACGACGCAAAUGCCGAUCGAAAUGGGCGGAGGCUGUUCGAAAGUUGCGUGGAUCGACACCGAAAAUACGUUUCGAAGUGAUCGUCUAGAGGCGAUCGCUGACCGAUUUGGUCUUGAUCGCGACGCCGUGUUAUCAAAUGUCAUGGUGGCUCGUGUCGAUACCGUGGAUCAAAUGAUGCAAGCUCUGAUUGCCAUCGGUGCUAAGAUGGCGGAAGAGCCUUUCAAGCUUUUGAUUGUCGAUAGCAUUAUGGCAAUCUUCAGAGUCGACUACGUUGCGCGUGGGGAACUCUCAGAGCGUCAGCAAACCUUGAAUCAGUUUCUCAGUCGUUUACGCAAGCUUGCGGAGGAGUUUAAUGUCGCGGUUGUGCUCACAAAUCAAGUGCAAUCGGAUCCUGGUGGUAUGGCUUUCGCCGGAGUCGAGCCGAAGAAGCCAAUCGGUGGUCAUGUAUUGGCACACGCGAGCACGAUUCGUCUCCAAGUCCGCAAAGGGCGUGCCGAGGCUCGAGUGAUAAAGGUCCUUCAAGGUCCGACGCUGAAGGAAGACGAGGCGGAGUUUCAGAUCACGGAGGGUGGUGUGGCGGGAAUGGAGUGA